AUGACUUUGUUCCCCACCAAGUUUGAAAAUGGGAAGAUUGAGUACAAGAUAAGGUACAAGGGGAGAUCAAGGCCAUUCUCUAGAGCCAAAGCCUUGGUGACUUCAGAACAGUCCAGGGACCCAACCAAGCUAAAGGAGCUUCUGUCUCAAGUCCUCACUAUCACCCUUGAUGGUGACAAAGGAGCCAGCUCGACCGAUAGCUCGAUCGAGCUAGAAACAGGGCAACUCGAUCGAGUUCCACAACUCGACCAAGGUAAGAACCCAACUUUGAAGAAGCAACAGUUUAAGAUGUUGAGAGGUGAAGGAAGCAAGGCAGCGUUCACAAAGGAGGAGAUAGUGAGAGGAGCAAGGAGGAUGCAAAGACACUAA